CAUUAUGAUCGUCGCUCAGCUCGCUUGUGUAUGCCUUAUAUUCGCUGACUGAGUCUAUACGGGCGCAACUAUAUAUAUGUGCAGGCGGAGUACAAGUACGCGGGCUACAAGUGUUUGUGCGUGUUUAUAUCGUGUAUCCGAGAUACAUAAUAGUGAUCAUAGUAAUCAUCAUCAUCAUCAUCGUCUUCAUCAUCAUCAUCAUCAUCAUCAUAGUCGUCGUCGCAGUUUGGAGCAGACUUGGGCGCUCGGUCUACAAUUUGAUUUUGACCCCGUUGCAUGUAAUACGGUCGUCGUUAGGCUCGAGACACGUCGCCUCGCUGCGAUUACUUGCAACUGAUUAUUUUGAUGGACGUUGCUUUUUUUGAGCACAAUCGACCGCAUACAUCCGAAUGAUAUACAUUUAUAGUUGCUCCGAUUGAGUCAGUAUUCAAAAGUCGGCAGGGUAGAAAAGGAUAUUGUCAAAGCUAUUUUCAAAGGAUGUUCAGCUCGGUGCAAAUAAAACAAGAGUAUAGUGGUGUCGAAGACAGAAACCUCCAAAAUAUGCCUGUCGGUGCGAACGAGGUCGUGGACUGCACAGUAUUCGAUAAUCAAAAUACACAGUACACCUAUCACCAAUUGCCUCAUCUGUGGGAUCAAGCUUUACAAACACCGUAUACAAAGAACUCGGUUCAAAAAUCCGAUAACCCUGGUAAAAUGGAUAGUAGAGCUGUAAAUCAACAAAUUCCUGCUGUAAGUGCCAGUUAUUUAAAUCAACAUUUACAACUGCAGCAGCAGCUACAACAACAACAACAACAACAACAACAACAACAACACCAGCAUCAACACCAACAACAACAGCAACAGCAUCAGAACAAUACUUUUGUUAUAAAUCAACAGCAAUUAUCAAACAUACAAUCUAGCAUAAAUCAAGCCGUGGAUUCUUCAAAUGCAGAGAGUGGAACUAUCAAUUCUGGAUUAGCAUCGGCUAUAAUUACGAAUGGUAUUUUAAUGAACCCUGCCCUUGCUGCAGCUGCUCAACAAAAUACCGCUGUGAUCAAACGAAACACAAGUAAUCGAGGAACCAAAUCCAAUAAUGCAAGUGGUACUACAAAGAAACCUGCUAAAUGUCAAUGUGAAAUUUGUUUUAAAGAAUUUGGACAUAAAAGUAAUUUAUUCAUUCACAUGAGGACUCAUAAUGGUGAAAGACCUUACAAGUGCAAAGAGUGCGAUAAAUCUUUUACACACAGUGGUAACUUAGCAAUACAUAUGAGAACACAUUCAGGAGAAAGACCAUAUGCAUGCAAAGUAUGUGGUAAAAUGUUCAGUCAUAGUGGAAACUUAUCAACUCAUUUAAGAACACAUUCAGGAGUUAAGCCUUUUAAGUGUAAUAUUUGUGGCAAAGAAUUUCGUCACAGUGGUAAUCUUUCAAUACAUGAGAGAAUACAUUCUGGUGUCAAACCUUUUCACUGCAAGGUUUGUGGAAAACAGUUUUAUCACAGCGGUAAUUUAUCAACUCAUUUCAAGAAACAUCCAGUUGCAUCAACUUCUGAAGUACACAAUGAUAAUGUUACUCCUUCUCUUAGUGGAGACUAUGUUUGUAAUUCUAUAGAUCGUUCAACUGAGACUGAAAGAAUAUUAAUCUCUAAUUCAAGUAAUUUAGAAAGCACAAUAACAAAUGCUUCUGAAUCAAUGACAGAAACAGAAAACCGAAGAGAAUCAAAAUCAAGUUAAUAAUUUUAAAAAAUUUUCUCUCAUACUGGCGUGAAAUAACAUUUUGUCUCUUGCUAUACUAAUCAAAAGUGCCCACAGUGUAAGCAAACUAAUCAAAUGCUUACUAUAAGAGAGAACUGCCUCAGAUUUGAUUUCAGAAUGUUUUAUACCUUAUGUAUUUGAAUGCAGUACAUACUAUUCGAUUAUAUAUUUUUUAAAUGGAUCAAAUUGAAUUUCUGAUUUUUACAUUUACAAAUAGUUCAUUAAGUAAGUGGUAUUAAAAAUAGUUGAUCUCUCACUAUAGAAAUUUGUUGUGUAAAUAAAAUUAGGCGACAAAUUUA